AUGCCUCCCCGACCAAGACCCAUUAGAAGGAAGAACGACACUCCGCCACCACCACCCCCUCCUCAGUUCGACCUCGUCAUGUUCCAGGCAGCAGCUACUGCUGUCGUGACUGCAGCAAUGGCACAAGUGAACGCUAGAGGAGCCGGAGACAAAGUGGCAACUGUUUCUGAGACACAAAAGGAAAGUGGUGGGAAGAAGAAGAAAUCAUGGAACAAACGCAAGGCUACUGUUCCAACUACCCAAACUCCUACCGGUGUUUAUGCUGGGAAAUUACCUUUGUGCAACAAGUGUAACUUCCAUCAUCACGGAUCCUGCCGUGAGUUGAGUUGCAACAGCUGUGGGAAGAAGGGUCACACAGCUCGAUACUACAAGGUGCCAACCCAACCCACCAACCAGACUGCGGGAGCAGGUGCUGGUAAAGCUUGUUACGGAUGUGGAGAGGUUGGGCAUUUCAGUAGAAAUUGCCCCAAGGAAACGACUGGUGGCAAUAUAGGGAGAGUUUUGGCAAUGGGCUAG